AGAAAAGCAAUGGACUUUUUUACACUUUUAUGCAUUUGUCAAGACACUUUUAUCCAAAUCAACUUACAGUGCAUUACAGGUUAUAGAUGUUAUCAGUAUGUGUGCUGUUCAAUGAGAAUCAAACCCAUGACCUUUGUGCUCUUAACUUAAUUCUGUACUGAUCUACAGGAAGACGGGUAGAUGCUUUACAGCAAAUGAUGAUUUAUAUCAUGACUCUAUAAAGAUCAGUUGUAGAUGUGUUGAGAGCUUCAACGUCUUUGAGUUCCUGGACUGCAUUGUGGGUGGAGCAAGCAACUGGUUUGAACUUUCUCUAAUGUGAGUAUUGUAAGUCUCAGCUGUCACCUCGGAGAGCGUCACUCACACCCUCAGACUUUAAUGGCUACAACUGAACAAGCGGUGAAGUUAAAUAUAGCUCAGUAAAGCAGUGGAUCUGCACACCAUCACUGAUAGAGGAGUCAUUCAGCUUCUGUUCUUCUCAUCAUUAUCAGGAUUCAUGACUCGUUGUUUUUACAGGCCUUCGCUCAGGCUUUCUGGGUCAUGGUUUGAAGUGCGUGUGGCACACCUGCUUCACCUUACAGAGGAAAGGUCUGAGGAACACUUGUAUACUGGAGAUAAUGGGAUCUUUUUGAAGGGGUGCUACUGAGAAAAACCUUCUGGAGACUUUCAAACCAGAAGCAAAUGACUUCCAAAGAAUUACUCUCACUUCAGAUUUCAGGGCUUUUCAUUCUGGGAGGAAAAUGAGGUCCAAAGACAGUACAGUGGACAGCCCGGUGAAUGAAGUUUUGCUUGUCACACAAACACCACCGGACAUUAAAGAAGAAGAUGAUGGAAAAAUAAUGGACAUUGAGAAAAUAAUCAAAGUUAAAGACACAAAAGCUGAAGAGAACGAUGAGAAAUCAGCACAAGAUGAUGGAGAGAGGUUUGGGUCGAGAGAUCCGUCUAAAGCCGACCUUCUGAAGGUACUCGGGAUCAUGGAAGGAGAAAUCCAGGCACGGGAAGAUGUGAUCCAUCUGCUGCGGUCUGAGAUGUUGAGUCGACCGGAGGAACUGAAGUGCCGCUAUGGCACCGCGUGGCCGACCAAACCCCUGCAGGCCCUGGAGAGAGACGGAGCGCUCACCAAUGACCACGCACAUCACCACAAUGUGUACGAGAAGCCUACGGCUGAGCUGGACAGAUUACGAGAUAAACACAAAGAGUCGUACCAGAGAAUGAUGGAACAGCUAUUGCUGGCGGAGAAAAGUCACCGGCGCACCGUUUAUGAGCUGGAGACCGAGAAACGCAAACAUGUGGAUUAUAUGACCAAGAGCGAUGACUUUACCAACCUACUGGAGCAGGAACGAGAAAGGUUAAAGCGGUUGCUGAAACAAGAGAAAGCUUACCAAACGCGAAAGGAAAAAGACUUUUCUAAACGCAUGAGAAGAACAUCUGGAGAACUUGUUAAACUGAAGUCGUUUGCACUGAUGAUGGUCGAUGAGCGAGAACUUCACUUGGAGAAGAUUGACAAACAGCGGCGAAAAAUUCAAGAUCUUCAUGAAAAACUCCAGGAGCAGGAGCAAAAACUCAGCGAAGCGGAGAGAAAAACAAAGGAGGACGGUCAGAAGAUCCUGGAUCUUGAGGUUGAGCUAGAAUUAAGAACUUCGACGUUUGCAAAAGAUAAAGAAGAAAUGUCUGCAAAACUGUCCUUUCUGGAAUCUGAACAUCAGGUGCUGUCCCAGAAGCAGAUUGAAUUGUCAAGCAAAAACGAGGAGCUUGAAGAAACCAAUAAAGUCCUUCAGAGAUCACUGGAGGAGAUUCGGGAGUUGAGGACGAAAAAGGACGAAUGUGGCAACCCAAAUCUGAUAGCAGAAGUUGAGACGUUGCACAAACGCAUUCUUGAAAUGGAGGGGAAGGAUGAAGAGCUCACCAGUACUGAAAACAAAUGCAACGAGUUGCAGAAGAAAUUUUAUUCGGAGGAGAUUCAUAAUAAGGAGCUGAGGCAGGAGGUUGAAAAACUGAAAGAGAGAAUGACGCAGUUGGAUAAACUAGACAUGACCUUCAGUAUGGGCAGGACAGAAUAUACCCAGCUUCAGGCUGCUUUAGAAAACGAGAAGAGCCUGACGAAAGACCUGACGGACGAAUUAGUGAGUCUUAAAAUUCGCAUAAAAGAGCUUGAGUCAUCCGAGCUAAAACUGGAAAAGGAUGAAUUGGAUUUGAAAGAAGAUCUAAUGAAACUCAAGUCGGUCACUGUCAUCAUGGUUAAUGAGCACAAGAACAUGGCAGACAGAAAGAUCGAGGAAAAGAAGAAAGAGGAACUCGACAAACUGUAUAAGGCGGAGCAGGAGAAAGUGACGGAGGUCACAGAGAGGCUAAUCGAAGAGAGCAAGAAACGUCUUAAAUUAAAAUCAGAGAUGGAGUUAAGGAUAGCCGAUCUGGUCAAGGAGAAAGAUGAGAUAAAAAACAAAUGCAAAGAUCCUGGUGUGAUGAAGCACACUACCGAUGAAAUAAAUGAAAAAGAUAGGAAAUCUGUGAAUGCAUCUGGAAAAGAUCCAAAUAAAGUUAAGGAGUUGACUUUGGAGGUUGAAAGAAUGAUGAAUCGCCUCUAUCAACUUGAAGCUCUCGAGGGAGACCUGAUCAGAUCAGAGGAUGAAAUGUUGGAUAAGAUGUUUCCAAAUGCACAGCAAGUUAAGGAAACAAGAAUUGCGUCAAGUACGACCGUAGAGCGAGAUGAGGCAUGCUGUGAGGAAGAUGAUUUACGACAUCGAUUCAUGAUGGAGGAGGCCAAAGCUAGAAACCUUCAGGCAGAUGUGCAAGCCCUGAAGGAGAAGAUUCAUGAGCUCAGGAACAUGGAGGACAAGCUUUCCCAGUUACAGGUGGAUUACUCUGCACUGCAACAGAGGCUCUUGGAAGAGGAGGACAAGAAAAAAAGUGUAAGCGAUGAAGUCCUAAACCUCACCAAAGAACUUGAGGUCAUCAAGCACUUGCGGCCUUGCACCAAGGGAUGCAAAAGGUUGGAUGUUCCAGUGACAUCAACUGGAGUUCAAACAGAUUUGAUUGAAAAUAGGACAGCUGAGAAUGACUCCCCCACUGCCUUCAUCAAGAAGUCUGUUCAAGAAGAGAAUCGAAUCAUGAACGGUCUUCAACAGAAGAGCUUAAAGAAGCCACAGCAAAGACCAACGGUGCGUGAACUCUAUCCUCCAACAGACUCUACCUUGAAGAAGUCCUGGAUUCCCUGGAUGAAGAAGAAAGACAGCAAUGUUUCUGAAAACUGUGAUGAAUCUCCAUCUUCUGAAGUCGACCGACCAUUACAUGAUCAAGUGAACCCAGCUCUCCAGAACAGUGAGGGAAACGUACAAACUGACAUUAGUUCCUCUUCCAAUGAAGUGAUGAAACGAGCAACCGCAGCACAACCGCAAGCGAUUCAGAAACCUCAGAUAACCAGCAUUCCUACAAAUGACAGAACCAAAGAGUCCAAGAAUCUAGAGAGAGCCAGAUCCCCAACGACUAUCGCCACCAUUUCAAGAGUAAAGAGUCCAGGGAUGGUGAGGUCUCCCUGUACGGACAGAUCUUUAUCACCUGUAUCCAUGUCAUCUAACAGCAGCUCUCCUGAGCCGGUGGAUAUGAUCACAGGUAGAGCUGUGUACAAAGUGACUCCUGAAAAACGAAUGGUCCCCACACCUAUCAAGAAGUGUGGCGCACAUGCUAAUAUCGUGACCGCGGAGGACAGCAAGACUCACUUUCACUUAGGAUCACAGAUCAAGAAGCCCACAGACAACCACAACUCCAUGGCCAAAUCGGUUUCUGUCACAUCUGAGAGUAAGGAAGUUUCAGGAACUGUGCUUCGAACAGCACAAAGUGCUACGGUCAGUAAAUCAUCAUCUAAACUGACGAGCGGGGUCACGAAAGCGCCAGCCAGACCAACACUCUCAGUGCAGCCUGUUCUGGAUGCCCCGCCAGCACGUUCAGGGUUCACGCGUAUUCCCAUGUCUCGAGGGAUGAAAACUGGUAAAGCAGUGCUUGGAGCUCUUGGGAUCAGCACAGGUGUUAAAACUGAAACACAUGCAGAGAAUCAGAUCAUUCACACUGAGCUGAAGAAAGCAACUUUAAGCAACGGAGCCUGUCAGGGUGGAGGGAAGAGUUGAAAUUGUUGACUUUUCUCUACUGUAAAUGAAUGCACUUCAAUGGCUUCUGUAAGUGUUACAGUACAGAAGAGGACGCUUUUGUUUCUUGCUCCCAGUUGAUGAAGUAUGGCAUUUUUUUGCCUUUACUGCAGGACAAUGUCAGUCGAUGGCAACCACAGAUCCAGGUUUGUCUGGCAAAUGGACGGUUAGACUUGCAGAUUCUGUUUUUGUCAUAAAGUCUAUAUCUUUUCUCUUGUUUCUGUUUUUUUUUGACAGCUAUUUAAAUGUAUCUGUGUAUUCUGACAAGAGUAAAGAUUAACACAAUUUUGAAUUGUGAUUUUUAGUGUUGAUGAUGUCGAUCUCUAGAAUGUACAUAAUAUCAGACCAAGCAUUUUUUUUUGUGUACUGUUGUUGUGAAUUUGAAUGCAUUGACAGUCUUACUGAUGAUAUCAUCUGUUUUGCAAGAUUUUAUUGUUAUUAUUUGUAAACUGAUGCAAGGUAAAAAAACACCUGUGAAAAUGUACAGUAUGUUAGUAUUUUUCUUUCUAGUUAUUUCAGUCAAUUAUAUGAUGGUUUUCUUUGUUUGCAUUUCUGAAACCUAAUAGAGAGCUGCAGAGAUGACGUAUUUUUGUAGGCCAACCCGGAAGACCCCCUUGGCAAAAUGUCAAUGGGAUUUUUCCAUAUGGGUUUAGAUUAUCACAAAAAAAUAAGCUCUGUGAUCAACAAGAGGUUAUGAUACUUACACGUUUUGUCCAUCAAGAUCAUCUGCAUAGAUAAACACAAAUUUUAUGAAUUUUUAGGUCUAAAUAGAUUUACAGGAAAUACUGAAACUUUUGGGGGGAUUGUGCCCAUGUUGCGCUGUUUUUGAGAUUUUUAUGUGGGAUGAUGUUUAAAGUUCCCAACAAUAUAUGCAGUCCAUGUCGCAACUGUCAGCAACCACCCUUUUAAAAACACAUAAAAAAAAUCAUGACUGGGUGUAUUACUGGUGUGUGUAUUAUGUUGUUGUAGAAUAAAAUGAGAAAAGCUUGUAACCACAAAUCUUUUUAAGGUGUUUAACCAAACCCCAUUCAAAGACCCACUGACUUCAGGACAAGAUCGGAAGUGCUAAAAUGUGAACUCAUUUCCGGCUUUUGUCUUCAAGAAUACAUCAUCCCUUCAGCUCUAUAUUUAACAGUAAUAGUGUGAUGUCAACAGUGCUGUCACUUACUGGCUUGUACACAUUAUGCAGCUACUGGUUUAUUUUGAUAUUGUUGUUUAUUUCAAGUCACUUGUUGUGUAAUGUUUACUUUGCAUAAAAUUGUUUAUUUAUUGUCACUACUGUUUUGUUUUAUAUGCUAAUAUGUUUGGUAUCUUUGGUUGACAGCUCAUAUUUAAAAUUAAUUAGAGAUAACAGUCACUCGAGGCAUCCUGAUUUUGAACAUCCCUACCCAAAUAACUUUAUUUUUAAAACUUUAUUUUAAAAAUCUCGGCCUAGUAUCCGGGUAUUUCUCGCCUACGGAGGUUUUGGACUAUUUGGUACACAUACUUAUUUCUGGCUUUUAUAUAGUAUGGAAGUAGGAGAUUUUGAAUGCAUGGAUAAAUCAGAUAUGGCAGACAUACUGUGUCUUUUUUCCAUUAUGGUAAAAAUUGCAUUGUGCAAUAUGUUUGUGACAAUUAAGCACUUAGAAAGGCUUUAAGAGAAUGCAUUUAGAAAAAAUUAUAACUUGUAACCUGUUAUGUAUAUUGUAAGUAUACAAUAAUGUAGGUUGCAUUGUAUUUAAUGUAAUUUAUUUUGAUAAUUUAUUAAAUAAAGGAAUACAGACA